CGAAUAAUGCAAGUUAAAUAUUAGACUGAGGGCUCGUCUAACACCACAGUCCACAAACACAUUAUUAUAAAGAGGGAAUAAAUAUUUAUUGGAAACAUUUGAAUAAAUUCCUCUAUCAGAAUAUUCACAGUGAAAUGACUCGAGCCAAUUACUGUAGUUUCAAUGAACCCUUUGCUUUUUACACCAAACCCUGCGGAACCCCAACCUUAAACAAAUUCCAGAUUCCUUGUUCCUCAACUAAAUCUUAUCCCCAACUUAGCUAUGGCCAUGAGAAGAAAUCCCAGUACACCCCAUCAUCAAAUUCGAAGCAUGUCUUCCAGAAAGCCAGAAAGAACCUUUCUUUGCAACCAGAACAAUCUCCCUGCGUCGGAAAGGUUGAAGGGGAAAGACAGCAGUUAGACCCACUUGGGAUGCUCAAAGAAGAUGGAGAUUGGAGCGAAGAGCAGUUUCGGGGUGUAAUCAAAUUCCUCUACCAGAAUUCAAGAACCACCGAAAUUCCACAGGUGUUUGACUUGUGGAAAAAUGUGGAUAAAUCGAGAAUAAAUGUGGAGAACUAUGAGAAGAUGAUUGACUUUUUGUUGAAGGACAGGCUGAUGGAUGCAGCCAUAAAAGCACUUAAGCAAAUGAAGAGCUACGGUAUAGGGCCUUCUUUAGAAAUAUACAAGUUAGUGAUUAAUGGCUUCGCUAGAAUCGGUCAAUUUGAUGAUGUUUUUUCCUAUCUAAAGGAGAUGAAGGAUACUGGUUUAAAUCCCGAUACAGAAAUCUAUGAUGGGCUCAUUCGAGCAUAUGGAAAGUACAAAAUGUUCGAUGAGAUGGGCAGAUGUCUGAGGGAAAUGGAACUGGAUGGCUGUUCACCUGAUCAUCUAACCUACAAUUUGCUUGUUCGAGAAUAUGCAAAAGCUGGAUUAAUCAAUAAGAUGGAACGAACAUAUCAGGCUCUCCUUACGAAAAAGAUGGAUGUGCAGACUUCUACUCUAAUUGCAAUGUUAGAGACGUAUGCCAACUUUGGAAUUUUGGACAAGAUGGAAAAGGUUUUCCGAAGGGCUAUGUAUUCAAAAGCUUACAUAGAAGAGGAGUUGGUUCAGAAAUUAGCAAGAGUAUACAUCGAGAAUCUCAUGUUUUCUAGGUUAGAUGACUUGGGACUGGAUUUUUCAUCAAAGACUGGCAACAUUGAUCUCGUGUGGUGUUUGCGCCUCCUUUCUCAUGCAUGUGUUCUCAGAAAAAAAGGUAUGUAUUCCAUUAUUGAAGAAAUGGAGUCAAAAGAAGUACCUUGGAGCGUAACGAUCGCAAAUAUAUUGGCAUUAGCCUGUUUAAAGAUGAAAGAUUUCAAACAGCUGCAAGUCUUACUCUGUGAAUUGCCAGCUCGAUAUGUAAAUCCUGAUAUUAUUACUGUUGGAGUCUUAUUUGACGCGUGCAUGUGUGGGUUUAAUGGUGCUUCAGUGAAGAGGAUAUGGGCCAGAGCAGGAUAUUUUGAUGAUGCUGUUGAACUGAAAACAGAUGCUCUAGUUCUCAGUGCCUUUGGGAAAGGGAAGUUUCUUAAAGAUUUUGAAGAGUUAUACUUGGUUGAAGCCAAAACUAAAAAACUGGAAACAUGGACAUAUCGGCACCUUAUAAAUUUGGUGAAGACUCAUGGUAAUGCCCGACUAGUGGUCAGUAUACAGGGUUAAGCCUAGCUCUUGGUGGAUAGUCAAAAAGCAAAUUCUGGAAAUAUAUUGGCUUUUCAUGAAUAUUCAUGUCUCUUGGUUUGUAUCAAAAGGGAUUCUCAGCUUGUUAUAAAAGCCCCGUAGAUCUACUAGUUUGGCACAAUUCCAGGAGUUGACAAACAAGCUGCAAGAACUACUCCCUCCCAGUAAAAUACCACGUGUCUCGAAGAAGGGAGUACCAGCCAAGGAAUUCACGUUACCGUGGUGGAAUCUGGUUGGGAAAGGAACUGGACCAUGUAGGUAAUAUAACUUGCACUUUAAGCUCCCAUUUUAUGUCAAGAGGUUGCAGUUGCUCCAGAAACUGUACUCUUCUGACAAGGAUAAAAGUAUACGUCAUUUGCUUUGAACCCUGUCUGCAGUCACGAACAUCAAAUAGCAAUACAAUCUUCCCUGUGAGGCAUGCAAGGCAGAAUUAAAGUGGUUGUUUUUGGUUGCAUGUACAAUGGUGGCAGGAUUUAUGAACUUUGAUUCGACAAAACAAACGACAGCCUAAAGAGACAAUGGUGGCUGGAUUUAUCACAAGUACCUGUGGAGAAUGAUUGUAAUUCUUUGAACUUCAAUGUAGGAAUUUUGCUGGGUGUAGAGUUCUUGACCUUUUGUCUUCAUCGACCGGAUAUACUUGAAUGUAGGAACAUUCCAUUUUUUAUAUUUUGUAUUUAUGAAUCAGUGAUUUGCUGUGUUGUUGCAAGUAAAUCAUUGUAUCAGCAAAACGCAGUUUGUGUUAUUUGAGCUUUGUCGUAAUUACAAGUAGGUGGUGACCAAGUUUGGACAAUGUACACACAACGUCACUCUCUCCUUAUCAAAGUAUUUUAACUUUCUGGGUGGACUAAAACGAUGAAAUGUUAUAUUUUUAUUUUUCUC